AUGCUUCUGCCCGAUGAAGGAAGAGAUCUGCAACCGGAACCCGCGCUACGAAGCAUUCCUGCACUGGAACCGACAACAGAUCAUGGCGCUGAUGCACUGCCGUGGCUUCGUCGUGACUUCGCUGCUUCAUUUUUUAUUGUGAUCAUUUCACGUUGUGAUAAUUUGCAUCUCACCUGUAUCAAUCGUUGGGCUAAAAAAGGAAAAGAAAAAAAGCAGCUAUAA